AUCUGUCUCAUUGUUCUAUCUGUAGUAGUAGUGCCCGGAUGGAAGUGACACAACGUUACAACUCAGAUAGUAUUGAGUUGAGUGUUACAGUAACUCAUUUGAGAAUUGAGGGUCCAACGUUUGAAUAUCAGCAAGGCUAAUUUGUUGCACCAUUAUAUGAAAUGGGACGAAAGGUUAUAUUAGCUACGUGCUCCUUGAAUCAAUGGGCACUAGAUUUUGACGGAAACUUGGAGAGAAUACUGAGAAGUAAGUCCGAAUAAAAUAAUUGGGUAGCACACUCUGCAAGCCUCUCCGAAGUAAAAAUCCAUGAAUUGAAGAUGCAUUGUCCAUUUAACUUAAACUGUAGUGGGUUCAUAUACAGACCUGUCUUAAAGGUCAUAUGGUGUUGUAAUGACCUAUAGACAUUCCACUCAUAAGCCUGUAGUCAAAUCUUGCAAAUGAGGACUCUGGACAUGACAUUCACUUUAAUAAUGAUAUAUUCUCAUGACUAGGUAUCGCGAUAGCCAAGUCUCACGGGGCAAAAUACAGAUUGGGACCUGAACUGGAAAUAUGGUAUUUGUUAUUUACAUCUCCUUCAUCAAAGUUGUGUUUGUUGAGUACAUUACAGUAUACAGUAAGUAGCCUAUUUAGCUUAAUAGACAAAUGUAUGUCUUUGUUUGUGGGCUUUUUAUUUGACUCCUAUAAAGCUCUGUGCAUUUGCAUAUAAUACGCCUCCUACAUAGCCAUGCCUGCUCUGAUUUUCCAUGAACUUUCCCUCAACCUCCUCUCUUUCUGUCCCUGGUCAUCAGUGGGUAUGGCUGUGCGGACCACUUCUACGAGUCAGACACCCUGCUGCACUGCUUCCAGGUACUCAGGAAGCUGCUGGAGUCACCUGUCACCCAGGACAUCAUCUGCGAUGUUGGCAUGUCAGUCACACUUCUCACAAGCACUUCAGCUCUGUUGUGCCUCUCUUUGCCUCCUGCUAAUGUUCUCUAAAUCCCCCUCAGGCCCAUCAUGCAUCAUAAUGUUCGGUACAACUGCAGAGUCAUUUUCCUCAACGGGUAAGUCUCGGAAAUAAGCAAUUCUGAAUGUAUGUAUGUUAUGUGCAUCGUCAAAAGCAAUUAGGUGUAAUUGUUCACCAUUUUUACACUCUUUUAUAAAGGAAAAUCUUGUUGAUCCGACCCAAGAUGCUGCUGGCCAACUAUGGGAACAACCGGGAGUUCCGCUGGUUUUCACCAUGGAAUAAACUCAGGUUAGUGAUCAACAUAGAAUCUGCCUUCCUUCUGAACAUAAUGAUAAUACUUUGAUAAACAGUGAAAUUAAAGAGAUUCUCCGGUACUUGUGUAUACUUUUUAGCCAGUAGUUCUGAAAGUAGGCCAAAAGUAGUCUCAAAUUGCAUACUAUGUCACAUACAGUGCCUUCGGAAAGUAUUCAGACCCCUUCACUUUUUCCACAUUUUGUUACGUUACAGGCUUAUUCUAAAAUUGAUUAAAUCAAUGUUUUUCCUCAUCAAUCUACACAAAAUACCCCAUAAUGACGAAGCGAAAACAGGUUUUUAGACAUGUUUUGCAAAUGUAUAACAAAUAAAAAACAGAAAUACCUUAUUUACAAAAGUAUUCAGACCCUUUGCUAUGAGACUCGAAAUUCAGCUCAGGUGCAUCCUGUUUCCAUUAAUCAUUCUUGAGAUGUUUCUACAACUUGAUUGGACUCCACCUGUGGUAAAUUCAAUUGAUUGGACAUGAUUUGGAAAGGCCCACAGCUGUCUAUAUAAGGUCCCACAGUUGACAGUGCAUGUCAGACCAAAAACCAAGCCAUGAGGUUGAAGGAAUUGUCCGUAGAGCUCCGAGACCGUAUUGUGUCGAGGCACAGAUCUGGGGAAGGGUACCAAACAUUUCUGCAGCAUUGAAAGUCCCCAAGAACACAGUGGCCUCCAUCAUUCUUAAAUGGAAGAAGUUUGGAACCACCAAGACUCUUCCUAGAGCUGGCCGCCCAGCCAAACUAAGCAAUCGGGGGAGAAGGGCCUUUUGAGGUGACCAAGAACCCAAUGGUCACUCUGAUAGAGUUCCUCUGUGGAGAUGGGAGAACCUUCCAGAAGGACAACCAUCUCUGCAGCACUCCACCAAUCAGGCCUUUAUGGUAGAGUGGCCAGACGGAAGCCACUCCUCAGUAAAAGGCACAUGACUGCCCGCUUGGAGUUUGCCAAAAGGCACCUAAAGACUCUGAGACCAUGAGAAACAAGAUUCUCUGGUCUGAUGAAACCAAGAGUGAACUCUUUGGCCUGAAUGCCAAGCUUCACGUCUGGAGGAAACCUUGCACCAUCCCUACGAUGAAGCAUGGUGGUGGCAGCAUCAUGCUGUGGGGAUGUUUUUCAGCGGCAGGGACUGGGAGACUAGUCAGAAUCGAGGGAAAGAUGAAUGGAGCAAAGUACAGAGAGAUACUUGAUGAAAACCUGCUCCAGAGCGCUCAGGAUCUCAGACUGAGGCGAAGGUUCACCUUACAACAGAACAACGACCCUAAGCACACAGCCAAGACAACGUAGGAGAGGCUUCGGGACAAGUCUCUGAAUGUCCUUGAGUGGCCCAGCCAGAGCCCGGACUUGAACCCGAUCGAACAUCUCUAGAGAGACCUGAAAAUAGUGCAGCGAUGCUCCCCAUCCAACCUGACAGAGCUUGAGAGGAUCUGCAGAGAAGAAUGGGAGAAACUCCCCAAAUACAGGUGUGCCAAGCUUGUAGCGUCACAUCCAAGAAGACUCAAGGCUGUAAUCGCUGCCAAAGGUGCUUCAACAAAGUACUGAGUAAAGGGUCUGAAUACUUAUGUGAAUGUAAUAUUUCCGUUGUUUAUUUUUAAUACAUUUGCAAACAUUUCUAAAAACCUGGUUUUGCUUUGUAAUUAUGGGGUAUUGUGUGUAGAUUGAUGAGGUGAAAAAACAAGUUUGAUACAUUUUAGAGUAAGGCUGUACCGUAACAAAAUCUGGAAAAAGUCAAGGGGUCUGAAUACUUCCGAAGGUACUGAAUGUUCAGAUAUGUGCACCAUGUCAUUGCUCUCUCUCUAGCUCUGCUGUGUGGGCAUCUUGCUAGUUUACACUCAAAUGGCGAGGGUCUGAAGCUCAUUGGCUAGAACUCGAAUUGCUACGGGGCUGGCCCACAUUGGGGAAAAUGUAGGGAAAAUGGCGCAGCACAGCUUCCAGAACACAGUUGCUUUCAAACUAGGGAUUUUGUGGCUAAUUGAAGUAAGACAGUAAUUAUGCUCAUAGAUUAUGCAUGUAUGAGCUACACAUGGACAAUAUCCAGCCCAAAGCGGGAGGUUUAAAAAUACUCAGUAGUCGCCAUAGUUCCGGAGCAUGUCUUUAAAUGUUUAGAUCUAAGGUCAAAGCACAUUUGGUAAGUGGAAAAGGACAAUAAGCCAUUUAUUUCACAUCACACAUACUGUAAUAACAUAUACGCAUUUUGCUACACCUGUCAUAACACCUGCAAAUCUCUGUACGCGACCAAUAAACUUUUGCUUUGAACAUGGCAUUACUGUGCUUGUCUGCCACAGACAUGUGGAGGAGUACUUCCUGCCCAGGAUGAUCCAGGACGUGACAGGACAGGUAGGAUCCAUCUCUCUCCUUACCGCUCUCUCUAAUGGCGGGGUGUUGGUAUGCACUAACAAGGAUCAGUGAUAAGAGGAUUAUUUGCACGUUUCUUCAUUUAAAGGGAAACUGUAUCAUUAUUAUACAGUACCAGUCAAAGGUUUGGACACACCUACUCAUUACAGGGUUUUUCUUUGUUUACUAUUUUCUACAUUGUAGAAUAAUAGUGAAGACCUCAAAACUAUGAAAUAACACAUAUAGAAUCAUGUAGUAACCAAAAUAGUGUUAAACAAAUCAAAAUGUGCACACUCUUGGCAUUCUCUCAACCAGCUUCACGAGGUAGUCACCUGGAAUGCAUUUCAAUUAACAGGUGUGCCUUGUUAAAUGUUAAUUUGUGGCAUUUCUUUCCUUCUUAAUACGUUUGAACCAAUCAGUUGUGUUAUGACAAGGUAUGGGUGGUAUACAGAAGAUAGCCCUAUUUGGUAAAAGACCAAGUCCAUAUUAUGGCAAGAACAGCUCAAAUAAGCAAAGACAAAUGACAGUCCAUCAUUACUUUAAGACAUGAAGGUCAGUCAAUCCAGAAAAUGUCAAGAACUUUGAAAGUUUCUUCAAGUGCAGUCGCAAAAACCAUCAAGCACUAUGAUGAAACUGGCUCUUAUGAAGACCGCCAAAGGAAAGGAAGACCCAGAGUUACCUCUGCUGCAGAGGAUAGGUUAAUUAGAGUUAACUGCACCUCAGAUUGCAGCCCAAAUAAAUGCUUCACAGAGUUCAAGUAACAGACACAUCUCAACAUCAACUGUUCAGAGGAGACUGCAUGAAUCAGGCCUUCAUGGUCGAAUUGCUGCAAAGAAACCACUACUAAAGGACACCAACAAUAAGAAGAGACUUGCUUGGGCCAAAAAACACGAGCAAUGGACAUUAGACCGGUGGAAAUCUUUAUUUUGGUCUUAGUCCAAAUUUGAGAUUUUUGGUUCCAACCGCUGUGUCUUUGUGAGACGCAGAGUAGGUGAACGGAUGAUCUCUGCCAUGUGUGGUUCCCACUGUGAAGCAUGGAGGAGGAGGUGUGAUGGUGUAGGGGUGCUUUGCUGGUGACGCUGUCAGUGAUUUAUUUAGAAUUCAAGGCACACUUAACCAGCAUGGCUAUCACAGCAUUCUGCAGCGAUACGCCAUCCCAUCUGGUUUGUGCUUAAUGGGAAUAUAAUUCGUAUUUCAACAGGACAAUGACCCCAAACACACCUCCAGGCUGUUGUAAGGGCUAUUUGACCAAGCAGAGGGAUGGAGUGCUGCAUCAGAUGACCUGGCCUCCACAAUCCCCCGACCUCAACCCAACUGAGAAGGUUUGUGAUGAGUUGGAAAAGCAGCCAACAAGUUCUCAGCAUUUGUGGGAACUUCAAAACUGUUGGUAAAGCAUUCCUCAUGAAGCUGGUUGAGAGAAUGCAAAGCUGUCAUUUUUAAAAUGUAACUAGGCAAGUCAGUUAAGAACAAAUUGUUACUUUCAAUGAUGGCCUACCCCGACCAAACCCGGACGAUGCUGGCUAAUUGUGCGCCGCCCUAUGGGAUUCCCAAUCACGGCUAGAUUGUGAUACAGCCUGGAAUGGAACCAGGGUCUGUAGUAGUGACGCCUCUAGCGCUGAGAUGCAGUGCUUUAGACCGCUGCACCACUCAGGAGUCAUGAAGGCAAAGGAUGGCUACUUUGAAGAAUCAAAAAUCUAAAAUAUAUGUAGAUUUGUUUAUGAAUUUUUUGGUUACUACAUGAUUCCAAUAUGUGUUAUUUCAUAGUUUUGAUGUUUUCACUAUUAUUCUACAAUGUAAAAAAUAGUAAAAUAAAGAAAAACCCUUGAAUGAGUAGGUGUAUCCAAACUUUUGACUGGUACUGUAUAUGUGCAGCAAUCAAUAGUAUCAUCCAUUUAAUGUGAUCGUUAAUGAAAUUCCCUUUCCAUUGUUCUGUCUCUUGAAGGACACUGUCCCCUUUGGUGACUGCGUCCUCUCAACCAAAGACACCUGCAUCGGGAGUGAGAUCUGUGCUGAGCUGUGGAACCCUAGGAGGUACAUUCAGUUAAGAGUCUCAAAUGAAGGACUCUUUUCAAACCUAAAUCAAUUUCUGUAAUGAGUUGUGAAAUACUGUGUGUCGUUAGUUAUUUGUGUAAUGGAUUGAAAGAGAGCUCAAAUGUUUUUGAGAGAUUGAGUGAGAUUGCAAAUGUGAAUAAUUAUAUACAGUGUGUGUGUGUGUGUGUUUCUAGUAAGCUGCAGUCUGUAAUGAUGUACAGUUGAUGUCGGAAGUUUACAUACACCUUAGCCAAAUACAUGUAAACUCAGUUUUUCACAAUUCCUGACAUUUAAUCCUAGUAAAAAUUCCCUGUCUUAGGUCAGUUAGGAUCACCACUUUAUUUUAAGAAUGUGAAAUGUCAGAAUAAUUGUAGAGAGAAUGAUUUAUUUCAGCUUUUAUUUCUUUCAUCACAUUCCCAGUGAGUCAGAAGUUUACAUACACUCAAUUAGUAUUUGGUAGCAUUGCCUUUAAAUUGUUUAACUUGGGUCAAACGUUUUGGGUUGCCUUCCACAAGCUUCCCACAAUAAGUUGGGUGAAUUUUGGCCCAUUCCUCCUGACAGAGCUGGUGUAACUGAGUCAGGUUUGUAGGCCUCCUUGCUCGCACACGCUUUUUCAGUUCUGCCCACAAAUCUUCUAUAGGAUUAAGGUCAGGGCUUUGUGAUGGCCACUCAAAUACCUUGACUUUGUUGUCCUUAAGCCAUUUUGCCACAACUUUGGAAGUAUGCUUGGGGUCAUUGUCCAUUUGGAAGACCCAUUUGCGACCAAGCUUUAACUUCCUGACUGAUGUCUUGAGAUGUUGCUUUAAUAUAUCCACAUAAUUUUCCUUCCUCAUGAUGCUAUCUAUUUUGUGAAGUGCACCAGUCCCUCCUGCAGCAAAGCACCCCCACAGCAUGAUGCUGCCACCCCCGUGCUUCACGGUUGGGAUGGUGUUCUUCAGCUUGCAAGCCAUCCCCUUUUUCCUCCAAACAUAACGAUGGUCAUUAUGGCCGAACAGUUCUAUUUUUGUUUCAUCAGACCAGAGGACAUUUCUCAAAAAAGUAAGAUCUUUGUCCCCAUAUGCAGUUGCAAACCAUAGUCUGGCUUUUUUUAUGGCAGUUUUGGAGCAGUGGCUUCUUCCUUGCUGAGCGGCCUUUCAGGUUAUGUCGAUAUAGGACUCGUUUUACUGUGGAUAUAGAUACUUUUGUACCUGUUUCCUCCAGCAUCUUCAGAAGGUACUUUGCUGUUGUUCUGGGAUUGAUUUGCACUUUUCGCACCAAUCUCUAGGAGACAGAACGCGUCUCCUUCCUGAGCGGUAUGACGGCUGCGUGGUCCCAUGGUGUUUAUACUUGCGUACUAUUGUUUGGACAGAUGAACGUGGAAAUCGCUCCCAAGGAUGAACCAAACUUGUGGAGGUCUACAAAAAAAUUUUCUUGGCUGAUUUCUUUUGAUUUUCCCAUGAUGUCAAGCAAAGAGGCACUGAGUUUGAAGGUAGGCCUUGAAAUACAUCCACAGGUACACCUCCAAUUGACUCAAAUGAUGUCAAUUAGCCUAUCAGAAGCUUCUAAAGCCAUGACAUCAUUUUCUGGAAUUUUUCAAGCUGUUUAAAGGCACAGUCAACUUAGUGUAUGUAAACUUCUGACCCACUGGAAUUGUGAUUAAGUGAAUUAUAAGUGAAAUAAUCUGUCUGUAAACAAUUGUUGGAAAAAUUACUUGUGCACAAAGUAGAUGUCCUAACCGACUCUCCAAAACUAUAGUUUGUUAACAAGAAAUUUGUGGAGUGGUUGGAAAACGAAUUUUAAUGACUCCAACCUAAGUGUAUGUAAAUUUCCGACUUCAACUGUAUGUGGGAAUGUCAUGUGCUUGGCAGCCCCCAUGUGGACAUGGGUCUAGAUGGUGUGGAGAUCUUCACCAACUCCUCAGCCAGCUACCACGAGCUACGCAAGGCAGACCACAGAGUCAACCUAGUUAAAUCAGCCACCACAAAGGUGAUCAUACACACGGAUGGACACAUGCACGGACGCAUGCACAUGUUAUACAGCCCUCAAACUCAACUCUGGACCUUGAAGCCAGUCCCACUGCAUUUUUUAAUUGUUCCCCUCUAAUCAGGGACUGAUUAGGGUCACCAGGUGUGUGCAAUUAAUUAUCAGCUAGAACAGAAAACCAGCAGGCUCCGGACCUCGUAGUGUAAGAGUUGAGUACCCCUGUUAUACAGGAUGUGUAGUGAGAAUAGAGGGACUGCAUGUUGCCAGCCCAGUAACCACUUGGAGGCACUGUUUUGUCAUUAUAAUACUGCUCCAUUUCAUACAGUGUUUUGCCUAUAUAUUUUGCCUAUAUAGUUUGAUUUGUUUAACACGUUUUUGGUUACCACAUGAUUACAUUUGUGUUAUUUCAUCGUUUUUAUGUCUUCACUAUUAUUCUACAAUGUAGAAAAUAGUAACAAUUAUGAAAAACCCUUGAAUGAGUAGGUGUCCAAACUGUUGACUGGUACUGUAUAUUUUGAUUAUUUUGAGUUUGGGUAGCACCUAUCAUUACAUUGAUCCUAGCCGUGUGUAAUAACACUGUAAUUACUACAAUAACAACAUUGUUGUUACAUGUUAUUUUAGUAAAUUGUUAUUGCAUAGUAAUGAAGUUGGGCGGUUUCUGAUAUUACAAGUGGAUUAAGGACAAUUGUGUUAUUGUUUUGCACAGAGUGGGGGGAUCUACAUGUUUGCCAAUCAGAAGGGUUGUGAUGGAGACAGACUCUACUAUGAUGGUUGUGCCAUGGUGGCCAUCAACGGGGACAUAGUGGCCCAGGGAACACAGUUCUCCCUGGAUGACGUGGUAAGGACAGGCUCAACAUAACAGAAAGUAAAUGUGAGAACAAUAUCUUACAGCCUAUUCUUUCACCCUCACUGCACUCUCACGUCACAUACCAGGGUGAGCUGUGUUUGAUUAUAUGGACUGGCCAAGUCAGCAUGUUGUAUAAUGUUAUUGUUAAUGUUAGCCAUUCCCAAAGUGAACCAUUGGACAAUGUGGAACCUCUGUAUGUGUGUGUGUCUGUUUCAGGAGGUUGUGACUGCCACUCUUGAUCUGGAGGAUGUCCGCAGCUACAGAGGAGAGCGUUGCCACCCACACGUGGUGAGCUGACAUCUCUCUUCAAAACAGGGCACUUUUUACUUCUCAGAAAUGGUAGGUGUGAUUCAGAAACACAUUACUUCCCAAGUGAAACUAGCCACUCAAGGGAAGCCAGAGGUAAUCCUGUUCAACAUUCAACUCCCUAAGCCAAGGCUCUGUCUCUGUCUGGUGUUGUCUUUCCUCCCUAUACUGGGUACACACUCAAGAGUCACUUUACCUUCUCCCUUCAGUUAUUGACUCAGACUCAAAAUAGCAUGCCCAUUACAUUUUAAAUGUCACGUGGUUUGCUGAUAUGUCUUCUGCUCCACUGUGUUCAGGAGUUUGAGCACAAACCGUGCCAUAGAGUCAAAGUGGACUUCUCCCUGUCUGAUUGUGAAGAUGUCUACCUCCCCACUCACCAGCCCAUUGAGUGGCAGUUCCACACCCCUGAGGAGGAGAUUAGGUAUGGCACCCCCUGAUAAAGACUGUGAUCACAAGAGUGUUGUGUGGCUAAAAUGCUUCCAAAAAUAAAUAGUAGCUAUUUUUGACUGUGUCUCCCUGUAUUUCGUUUAUUCACCAUGGAAUCAUUGGAAACAGACAGAGAUAGCAGCCUACUAUGUUGCCACCCAGUGGAUUCAGGAGCUUGGUGUGUGACAUUCAUUUGCCCUGACUGCUCCCUUUGUGUCUGAAACUGAGCUGCAUGUCUUUGGUGGAGCCAAUCCCUGUCUGAGAGAAGUUAAAACUAGCAAGACACGUUUUUUAAAAGUUACUUUCCAGAUCAUGGGACUGCCCACCUCUUUACAGUUUACAGUGUACACAUACAGUGGGGAGAACAAGUAUUUGAUACACUGCCGAUUUUGCAGGUUUUCCUACUUACAAAGCAUGUAGAGGUCUGUAAUUUUUAUCAUAGGUACACUUCAACUGUGAGAGACGGAAUCUAAAACAAAAAUCCAGAAAAUCACAUUGUAUGAUUUUUAAGUAAUUAAUUUGCAUUUUAUUGCAUGACAUAAGUAUUUGAUACAUCAGAAAAGCAGAACUUAAUAUUUGGUACAGAAACCUUUGUUUGCAAUUACAGAGAUCAUACGUUUCCCUUAGGUCUUGACCAGGUCUGCACACACUGCAGCAGGGAUUUUGGCCCACUCCUCCAUACAGACCUUCUCCAGAUCCUUCAGGUUUCGUGGCUGUCGCUGGGCAAUGCAGACUUUCAGCUCCCUCCAAAGAUGUUCUAUUGGGUUCAGGUCUGGAGACUGGCUAGGCCACUCCAGGACCUUGAGAUGCUUCUUACGGAGCCACUCCUUAGUUGCCCUGGCUGUGUGUUUCGGGUCGUUGUCAUGCUGGAAGACCCAGCCACGACCCAUCUUCAAUGCUCUUACUGAGGGAAGGAGGUUGUUGGCCAAGAUCUCGCGAUACAUGGCCCCAUCCAUCCUCCCCUCAAUACGGUGCAGUCGUCUUGUCCCCUUUGCAGAAAAGCAUCCCCAAAGAAUGAUGUUUCCACCUCCAUGCUUCACGGUUGGGAUGGUGUUCUUGGGGUUGUACUCAUCCUUCUUCUUCCUCCAAACACGGCGAGUGGAGUUUAGACCAAAAAGCUCUAUUUUUGUCUCAUCAGACCACAUGACCUUCUCCCAUUCCUCCUCUGGAUCAUCCAGAUGGUCAUUGGCAAACUUCAGACGGGCCUGGACAUGCGCUGGCUUGAGCAGGGGGACCUUGCGUGCGCUGCAGGAUUUUAAUCCAUGACGGCGUAGUGUGUUACUAAUGGUUUUCUUUGAGACUGUGGUCCCAGCUCUCUUCAGGUCAUUGACCAGGUCCUGCCGUGUAGUUCUGCGCUGAUCCCUCACCUUCCUCAUGAUCACUGAUGCCCCACAAGGUGAGAUCUUGCAUGGAGCCCCAGACCGAGGGUGAUUGACCGUCAUCUUGAACUUCUUCCAUUUUCUAAUAAUUGCGCCAACAGUUGUUGCCUUCUCACCAAGCUGCUUGCCUAUUGUCCUGUAGCCCAUCCCAGCCUUGUGCAGGUCUACAAUUUUAUCCCUGAUGUCCUUACACAGCUCUCUGGUCUUGGCCAUUGUGGAGAGGUUGGAGUCUGUUUGAUUGAGUGUGUGGACAGGUGUCUUUUAUACAGGUAACGAGUUCAAACAGGUGCAGUUAAUACAGGUAAUGGGUGGAGAACAGGAGGGCUUCUUAAAGAAAAACUAACAGGUCUGUGAGAGCCGGAAUUCUUACUGGUUGGUAGGUGAUCAAAUACUUAUGUCAUGCAAUAAAAUGCAAAUGAAUUACUUAAAAAUCAUACAAUGUGAUUUUCUGGUCUCUCACAGUUGAAGUGUACCUAUGAUAAAAAUUACAGACCUCUACAUGCUUUGUAAGUAGGAAAACCUGCAAAUUCGGCAGUGUAUCAAAUACUUAUUCUCCCCACUGUACAUACCCUUCCAUUCAUGUGACAAACAGCACAGGGCCUUCAUUCUAACCCGCAAUUUGACCCAUGUCAAAUACAUGUACAUGAUUGUCUCUGUGUUCUUGUCUUUGUUGUCUUCAGCCUGGGUCCAGCAUGUUGGCUUUGGGACUACCUGAGGAGAAGUGGUCAGGUGAGUAGUCCUAUAUUAGGUGUAAAUUAUGUGUAAAUGUGCUUAUGCUUACUUGCUUAUUACUGAAUAUUUGUACUGAAUAUACAAAGAAUAUACAAAAUGUACUGAAUAUUUAUAUUGUCUGUCUAUCUCUAUCCAUAAACACUCCUGUUAUUCCCUGCUCCAGGCUGGUUUCCUCCUGCCACUCAGUGGCGGUGUGGACAGUUCCUCUACAGCCUGCAUUGUCUACUCCAUGUGUGUGCUGGUCUGCCAGGCAGUCAGAGAUGGCAGUGAGUACUGGACUGGACUCUGUACAGGCCCAUAGUGUUUUGUUGUGUCCCACAAGUGACACAAAAGCACAUGGCUCCUAUUCUAAAGUUUGACGUUGCAUACAAAGUUUGUCACUACAGGUUCUGACCACGCAAUCUUUCCUUCUCUCUCCCUCCCUCUCCCUAUAUCAGACUCUCAGGUGCUGGAGGAUGUUCAACGGGUAGUGAGUGAUGUGUCCUACACCCCUCUGGACCCACGGGAGCUGUGUGGACGCAUCUUCACCACCUGCUACAUGGCCAGUGAGAACUCCUCGGAGGGAACCCGUAACAGGGCCAAAGAGCUGGCCGCUCAGGUUGGCAGGUGAGCGUCACUGGCCCCAUCAUAGUUGGGCAGUUACAGAAUAACAAAUUAGAACACAAUGAGACUUGCAUCUGUUACAAAUCUCACCUUAUGCUUUCCUUCGAAAGUGAUUUUUCUUCUUUGUAUUUCUCGUUUAUUCAGCUCACACAUGAACCUCAAUAUCGACAUGGCAGUGAAAGGCAUGCUGGGAAUCUUCUCCAUGGUUACGGGAAAGUGUCCCCAGUUCCGUGUUAAUGGUGGAAGCACCAGAGAAAACCUUGCCCUACAGAAUGUGCAGGUGGGUUAAGUGUAAAGGGUCAAGGAGUACUCCAGUACAUUGUUCAGGUGUUACCUGAAACACUACAACAAAGCAGAGACCCGUUUUUGCAAAGUGAACAAAAACAUUUGUUUCUGAGAUGAGCAGGGCUUUCCCCCUGCUUGCAUUUCUCUUUUAUUGCGCCAUUUACUUGCAUAUUCACACAUGCUCACUACAAUCCUCACACCAUGUUUCAGUUAAACGGUCUGAUCUGAGUAAGCAAUUGUGUGGUGUGUGAAUUUUAUGAUCCUUUAUCCACUAUCCUGUCCCACCCAGGCCCGUAUCAGGAUGAUUCUGGCCUACCUCUUUGCUCAGCUCUGUCAGUGGGCUGAGGGUAAACCUGGUGGCCUCCUAGUCCUUGGCUCAGCCAAUGUGGAUGAGAGGUUAGUGAGUACUAGAGAAUGUCAAUGUUUCAUUUAGAUAUUUAAUAUUUUCUGUCUCACUUUUUAAAAAACUGUGCUGUCUGCUUCAGUCCAACAGAAGAGUACGAAGAGUAUGACCUCUCUCUGUAUUUGACCCCUCUCUGUUAUUGACCCUCACCUCAAUACCCCUCUUUUCUGCAGCCUCACUGGCUACUUCACUAAGUAUGACUGCUCCAGUGCUGACAUCAACCCCAUUGGGGGCAUCAGUAAGACAGACCUGAAGAGCUUCCUGCAGUACUGUGUCGAACAGUUCCAGCUCACCGCCCUCAGAAGGUGAAGCCCGCUGCUCUGCAAUCCCAUCUUCUUCUCUGGGAUGAUACAAAACAGUCACUAUAAUGUCAAGAGACUCACCAUGUUGGCAACUGUCUUUAUGUGCUCUGUAGUAUCAUGGCUGCACCUCCCACUGCAGAGCUGGAGCCCCUGACGGACGGCCAGGUGUCGCAGACUGAUGAGGUAACAAGUCAACAUGUCACCUCUAGUGGAGCCAGAUGUGUCCUUGUGUCACGGUGCAGGGGAAGAGGAGUGCCCAGGAGUUCGCGUUGGAAUUCCGUACUCUAGCGGCGGAUGCAGGGUGGAAUGAGCGGGCCCUCAUCGAUCACUACCGCUGUAGUCUACGUGAGGACGUCCGUAGGGAGCUGGCCUGUCGGGACACCAGCCUUUCGUUCGACCAGUUAGUCGACAUGUCCAUCAGGCUGGAUACCCUGCUAGCUACCCGCGGACGUCCCGAGGGGGGUCCGUCCAUUUCACCCUCCAGCGCCUCCGAGCCGUGCCCCAUGGAGCUCGGGGGCGCUGGCGCUAGAGAGAGGAGGGGUCGGAGUACGAGGGGGUCCAUCUCCUGCACUAACUGUGGUCGGGGAGGACACACCGCGGCUAGGUGCUGGGGAUGGCCUCCUAGGGGAGAAGACGACAGGCCCCGCACUGGGGAGUCCUUCCAGGUGAGUAGGCGCCCCACUCACCCAGAGCUCUCUGUUGCGCACUUAUGUAUACCUGUACGUUUUCCACAGGUAGCACCUCAUUCCCAGCAUAAGGCGCUGGUAGAUUCAGGCGCGGCUGGGAAUUUUGUUGAUAGGAAAUUUUGUUUAGAUUUAGGGAUUCCCCUUCGUCCUGUUGACGUCCCCUUCCCCGUUCAUGCCCUAGAUAGCCGUCCGUUGGGAUCGGGCUUGAUCAGGGAGGUCACGGCGCCACUUAGGAUGUGUGCGCAGGGGGGUCAUCAGGAGAUGAUCCAGCUAUUUCUGAUCGACUCGCCUGCGUAUCCGGUGGUGCUGGGCAUGCCCUGGUUGAGUAACCAUAACCCGUCGAUUUCGUGGCAGGAGAGGGCUCUGAUGGAGUGGUCUGACCAGUGUGUGGGUCGAUGUUUAGGCGUUUCCGUAGGGGCUACCUCGGUGGAGAGUCCAAACCAGGUGCCCGCAUUGCACGUUCCCCCUGAGUAUGGGGAUUUGGCUAUUGUGUUCAGUAAGUCAAGGGCGACGCAGUUGCCUCCCCAUAGGCAGGGAGAUUGUGCGAUAGAACUCCAGGCAGGAGCUGCGCUCCCACGGAGCCAUGUGUAUCCUCUGUCUCAGGAGGAGAAGAGAGCUAUGGAGACUUACAUAGACGAAUCUCUGAGACAAGGAUACAUACGGCCCUCCACUUCCCCCGCGUCCUCGAGUUUCUUUUUUGUGAAGAAAAAGGAUGGUGGGUUACGCCCGUGCAUUGAUUACCGUAGUCUCAAUCAGAUCACGGUGAAGUACAGUUAUCCACUCCCGCUGAUUGCGACCAUGACGGAGUCAUUGCACGGGGCGAGGUUCUUCACUAAAUUAGAUCUCAGGAGCGCAUACAACUUGGUGCGCAUUAGGGAGGGCGAUGAAUGGAAGACAGCCUUUAGUACCACCUCGGGCCAUUACGAGUAUCUAGUCAUGCCAUACGGGUUGAUGAACGCUCCUUCAGUUUUCCAAUCAUUCGUGGAUGAGAUAUUCAGGGACAUGCAGGGGCAGGGGGUGGUCGUGUACAUAGAUGACAUUCUCGUGUACUCGUCUACCCGAGUCGAGCAUGUGGCUCUGGUGCGCCGAGUGUUGCGGAGGCUGUUGGAGCACGACCUGUAUGUCAAGGCAGAGAAGUGUCUGUUUUUCCAGGAGUCGGUCUCCUUUUUGGGUUAUCAGUUGUCUGCGUCAGGGGUGUGGAUGGAGGUAGACCGGGUGUCGGCCGUGCGUAAUUGGCAAACGCCAACCACUGUGAAGGAGGUGCAGCAGUUUUUGGGGUUUGCGAAUUACUACCGGAGGUUUAUCCGGGGUUUUGGACAGGUGGCAGCUCCCAUAACGUCUCUUUUGAAGGGGGGUCCGGUGCGUCUGCAGUGGUCAGCCGAGGCGGACAGGGCGUUUGGGAGGCUGAAGGACCUGUUUACCUCGGCUCCGGUGCUGGCGCAUCCGGAUCCCUCUUUACCAUUUCAGGUAGAGGUGGACGCGUCAGAGGCCGGUAUAGGAGCCGUGCUUUCGCAAUGGUCCGGCACACCACCUAAACUCCGCCCCUGUGCUUUUUAUUCCAAGAAGCUCAGUCCGGCGGAGCGAAAUUAUGACGUAGGGGACAGGGAGCUGUUAGCCGUGGUACAGGCCCUAAAGGUGUGGAGGCACUGGCUUGAGGGGGCUCAACACCCUUUCCUCAUUUUGACGGACCACCGUAACCUGGAGUACAUCCGGGCAGCGAGGAGACUGAACCCUCGCCAGGCGCGGUGGAAUAUGUUUUUGACCCGGUUCGUAUUUAAGAUCACGUACAUCCCUGGGUCACAGAACGGUAAGGCAGACGCACUGUCUCGGCGGUAUGACACGGAGGAGAGGUCCGUGGAGCCCACUCCCAUACUGCCGGAGUCUUGUCUGGUGGCACCGGUAGUGUGGGAGGUCGAUGCUGAACUCGAGCGGGCGUUGCGCACCGACCCUAGUCCACCUCAAUGCCCGGAGGGUCGGAAGUACGUUCCGCUCGAGGUUCGGGAUCGAUUGAUCUAUUGGGCUCACACGUCACCCUCCUCUGGACACCCUGGUAUCGGCCGGACUGUGCACUGCCUUAGUGCUAAGUACUGGUGGCCCACGUUGGCGAGGGAUGUGAGGGUUUAUGUUUCCUCCUGCUCGGUGUGCGCCCAGUGUAAGGCGCCUAGACAUCUGCCUAGGGGUAAGUUACUACCCCUGCCCGUUCCACAACGACCAUGGUCUCACCUCUCGGUGGAUUUCAUCACUGACCUUCCUCCUUCACAGGGGAAUACCACUAUACUGGUCGUUGUGGACCGGUUCUCUAAGGCCUGUCGUUUGCUCCCUAUGCCGGGCCUUCCUACUGCCCUACAGACCGCCGAAGCGCUAUUCACCCAUGUGUUCCGGCACUACGGGGUACCCGAGGAUAUUGUGUCUGAUCGAGGUCCCCAAUUUACCUCCAGAGUCUGGAGAGCCUUUAUGGAGCGGUUGGGGGUCUCGGUGAGCCUCACCUCGGGUUACCAUCCGGAGAGUAAUGGGCAGGUGGAACGUGUGAACCAGGAUGUGGGUAGGUUUCUUAGAACAUACUGCCAGGACCGGCCAGAGGAGUGGGCAAGGUACGUUCCCUGGGCCGAAAUGGCCCAGAAUUCCCUACGCCAUUCCUCCACUAACCUAACCCCUUUCCAAUGUGUGUUAGGUUACCAGCCGGUUCUGGCACCUUGGCAGCAGAGCCAGAUCGAGGCUCCUGCGGUGGAUGAGUGGGUGCGGCGCUCGGAGGAGACAUGGAACGCUGCACACGUCCACCUGCAGCGAGCCCUCCGUCGUCAAAAGGCGAGCGCCGAUCUCCACCGCAGUGAGGGACCGGUGUACGCACCUGGUGAUCGAGUCUGGCUCUCUACCAGAAACCUGCCCCUCCGCCUGCCCUGUCGGAAACUGGGUCGGCGGUUUGUAUGGCCAUUUAAAGUCCUGAGAAGAUUGAACGAGGUGUGUUACAGAUUACAACUACCUGUUGAGUAUAAAAGUAUUAACCCCUCGUUCCAUGUGUCUCUUCUCAGGCCGGUGGUAGCUGGCCCACUCCAAGAAAAUUAGAUCAGGGAGACUCCUCCGCCCCCAUUGGACAUCGAGGGGGCACCGGCGUACUCCGUGCGAUCCAUCUUGGAUUCGAGACGUCGGAUGGGGGGUCUCCAAUAUCUAGUGGAGUGGGAGGGGUACGGCCCGGAGGAACGGUGCUGGGUGCCGAGGAGAGACAUUUUGGACCCGUCUCUCCUGUCGGAAUUCCAUCGUAGUCACCCGACGCACCCUGCUCCGCGUCCUCCUGGUCGUCCCCAAGGCCGGAGUCGGCGCACGUCUGGAGCCGCGCGUCAAGGGGGGGGUACUGUCACGGUUUCGGUCGAGGCUGCCUCUCUUCCUUGCUCGGGCAGGCUUCGGCGUUCGUCGUCUCCGGAAUACUAGCUGCCACCGUUGUAUGUUUCUAUGUUCGUUUGGUCUGGUCUGGUAUUGUACACCUGUUGUCGUUUAGUGUCAUUAGUGUCCUAUAAGUUCUCGUUGUGUUUGUCAGGUGUUGUGUGUGAUUGUUUUCACUGUCGUGCGUUGUGCUAUUUCGUAUACUGUUUGCUCGGUUGAGCUGUCCUCCUAUGUAUAGGAGUGUUUUGUCGCACAUGUUUAGUGCGCCCGUUUAUUUUCGCCUGCGUGCGGAGUUCUCGCCUCAGGGCAUUUCAUCGUGUUUGAUUUUGUGCAUUCACUAAAGUCUUUUGGACUUAUUUUCUGCGUCCUGCGCCUGAUUCCACCACCACACCCACCUACAGCAACACUGACACCUUGGGCCUCUGAUUAUGUUGAUUGUUGUGGGUGUGGGCCUACCACAUAUGAAGUGACAACUCAUUUAUCUUUAUUUCUUUCGUUUUCUCUUUUUUUCUCACAUACUGUACACACACUACUAUGAUUGACCUUUCUUUAUACGUAUUAAGAAAAGUUGACAUUUAAGACUUACAGGUGAAAGUCAUACCAUAAACCCUCAGCUCUAUUCAGCUUGACUAGUGUUGUUAUUGUCCGCCAUGUUUUUCCUCUGUGGCUGUGUUGACUAUGUGGCUCUACUUCCCCUUGUCCAUGAUUGCUGUCUAUAUAUACCACCUCACAAGCUUGGAAGAUGAAUGUCUCUUCAGGGAUGUCAUCUGUGCACAUGGCUUGUUCUGUUAUGGUGUAAUCUGACCUCUUCCUUAUCCCUUGCUGUCGUCCUCUCUCUUGCUCUCUCUGUGUCCCCCUCUCAUCAGUCUGAUAUGGGGAUGACAUACUCGGAGCUGUCUGUGAUUGGCCGGCUCAGGAAGAUCUCCAAGUGCGGCCCGUACAGCAUGUUCUGCAAACUCAUCCACACGUGGAGGGAGGCCCUCUCCCCUCUACAGGUCACUCUACACCCCUGUAUCGCACACCAUUUACUAUUUUCAUACUAUUAGAUGCCUACCAUGUAAAACAAGAAAAAACCUCAAUGAUAGAGUGUUAUGUUUCACACAAAGUCAUGUUUACACUUUAACCUGUGUCCUCCCCUUCAUCUACACUGAUUUAAGUGGAUUUAACAAGUGACAUCAAUAAGGGAUCAUAGCUUUCACCUGGAUUCUCCUGGUUAGUCUAUGUCAUGGAAAGAGGAGGUGUUCAUAAUGUUUUGUACACUCAGUGUAUGCCAUCUAUUUGUAUAUUUGAGAAUAACACUUCUUCUGACCAUUGACAUUUCAGGUGGCAGCCAAAGUGAAACACUUCUUCCAGAUGUAUUCUGUGAACAGACACAAAAUGACAACUGUUACACCAUCCUACCAUGCUGAGAGCUAUGGCCCUGAUGACAACCGCUUUGACCUCAGGCCAUUCCUCUACAACACACGCUGGUCCUGGCAGUUCAGAGCCAUUGAUAAUCAGGUGGGGAUCUAACAGUCAACAUUACAUUUUACUGUGGAUCUCUCACAUUUGGUUGUUCCCUCCUCAUCGGCUUUAUCGGAUUUGAUAUAAUCUCACAAGAAUUGUGAAUGUUCACUGAGUCCUCUGAACAUGGUAAGUUAUUGUUAUUUCAUACACAGGUGUCCAAGAUGGAGGUUGGGAAUGACUGCCACGACUAAGGUUCCUCCCAAUGCCAGAGCAACAUCCCAAAGAAACCAUCUAAACUGUGACAAUAAACACUGUGGUGCAACAGUGCAACUCCAAACAAUCUUACUGUACACACAGUGACUUCUUACUGUGCAGUAUUCCAAUUUCUGAAAAUAGACCUAGACUAUUGAUUGAUAUUGUAGGCUCUGACAAUGAAGGCUAUUCAAAAUGAGUAUUUUGUGUCAGUGGUUCAGCAUUAUGUGCAUGAUGUUGUCAUUCUACAUGCUCUAGGCCAACUUAAACUGGAGGCCAAAAGGAGUAACAAUGUCUUGUUAAACAUAUUCACAACAGUCUAUUCUCUCAGGUUAAAAUACAAUACACUUGUUCAUUGAAAUAUUGAUGUUCAGCUUUACUAUUAAACACGUUUUUAUCUU